AUGUCCAACCAAGACGCACACCAAGGCGGCGACCUCUUUGACAUGGCCAAGGACGGCACCAAGGUCCCCGGCGACGCAGGCAAGAUGAACACAGUCCCCUCAGUCCCAGACCCGCACCAGAAGAACGCCAGCGCCGCGGGCGGGCUCGGCGCCAAAUCGCUCGCCGGGGCGGCCGACAACCCGCUUGAGGGCGGCGAGACCGACAACAACGCCAUCAGCGCGACGGGCCACUCGAUGCCGGCGUCGGCAUUCUCGAAGCCGAGCGGGAGUGGUGGGAAGUGA